GAGCAGUGAAUGAAGAGUAUGGUGGCGGUGGCUAUGGUGGUGGCCUGUGGUAUGUCUGCAAUUGUUGGAGGGUGUUGAACGGGACGCAGAGGAAGGCUAGUCGGGACAGCUGCGAGGGCGAGUGGACAGCAGAGGGACAAUGGGCGGGCGACGACGAUGGGCUCGAUCGCGUCCGUUCUGCAGUGGCACUGCGGCCGCUGCUCCUUGAUCAACCCGACCGAGCGACCCCUCUGCGCCCGCUGCGGUCUCCGCCGCCUCCCUCGGCCGCCCCCGAAACCUCCAGGCAGCCCCCCGAGGAGUGUGGCGAGCGAUGUGAGAGUGGCCAGCAAGGCUGAGCCUGAAGAAAGCCUUUCCGAAGACGAGGAAGGGCUUUUGGAGGCGGCCCUUGAGGUGCAGCAACACUUCAACGACAUAAUCCGGCAAACGGAGCCAGAGCCGCUCCAGGAGCCUCGAAGGCCGUCUAAGAAACUCUCCCACUCUUGUCCAAACCUCGCAAACAUUCCCGCCAAAUGCAGCAAGGUUCGGAGCGUAAGCGAGCCGCGCACCUUGUCCGGCUGGCAGCCUUGCCGUGAGUGCAGAGCUGCCAACCGGAUGGCGUGCGGCGCGUGCGCGCUGCAGUCGUGGGCCACGGUGCGGGAACAACUCUUGCGCGCCGCUUGGCCGCCUCGAAGGGACCCCCCAAGGACCCCUGACUGUCCCGUGGAACUGUCACGCACGUCCACUGUUCCCAAGCGAGGGUCUGUGGUGACCGUCUCGCGCUGGGGUCACUCGGAUGUCUCCACGCAACAGCUCAGCCAGCGCUUCUCAAUGGUCGGUUCUGUACCAAAGGGGAUUGCCUCAACAUUCCAGCGACCGUUCCGUCGCGCAGCUCCCGUCUCAGUUUCCACAGACACAAUCGAAUUCUAUGUUGGCAGAAUGUGGGCCUGCAACAAAUGCAACUUUUCAUUCAAUUCCCUCAGCUCACAGGCGUGCGAAGUUUGUCUCCAACAGCAAUCUCCACCUUCUGUCUCGGAGCCAAGCGUCACCACCGUGGCCAAGGUGGGUAGCCCUGAGUCCAGGGGCCCCGAAGCCAACUUGGAAGUUGACGAUGAAGAACUUGCGUCUUUGGAACAUGACUACGUUGAACUCAAGUGGGCCUGCAAAAAGUGCACCCUGCUCAAUGACGGCUCCAGCAUGGCCUGCGUCGUCUGCGGCGGCUCCAAACUCAGGAGCAUAACUCAGGUUGAGGACCUAACCCUGCGCAAGGGUGAGUCUUGGGCCUGUCCGAUGUGCACCCUGCGCAAUCCCUUGUCCGAGGCACGCUGCAUUGCUUGCAAAACGCUUCCGGCAAAGAGCCCCGCGGGGCCCCCUGCUUCCGCAGUUACCCCUGGAGCUCCCCACGGACCUCCGAGGGGCGCGGUGCCUAAACAGCAGCACCCAAAACGCCACCAACAAAAGCAGAUUGUUAGAAGGGGUGGUAACGCCGGUAGGCACGGAGGCCCCCGGGGUCCCAUGGCCCCCAAGCGGCAGCCGUGGCAGUGCCUCAAGUGCACCUACGCCAACAAGGCAGACGCCGUGUCUUGUGAGAUGUGUGGAAACACCAGAGGUGCCCCGGCCGCUUCUCUCAACAUUGAAGGCCGUCUUGUGGAAAGAGCUUCUAAGUUUUCUGAGCAACCUAGCCCCAUCUCCACCAUUGACUUGCUCCCUGCUGAGAAUUGUGAUUUAUUCGUGGACGAAUCUUUCCCCCCAAAUGACCACUCUUUGUAUUACCAACCUGGCAAGCAACAGCUGUCAGAAGGAGUGGUAGUGCAGUGGCUGAGGCCUCACCAGAUCAAGGCCUCCAACGACGCCCUUGAGUGGGUCGUCUUCCGAGAGCCCCUUCCGUCGGACAUUUCCCAGGGUGUUCUUGGGAAUUGUUGGCUUUUGUCCGCGCUGGCUGUUCUUGCUGAGCGUCAGGAGCUUAUUGAAAACAUCAUGGUGCAACAUGAGGUCAAUCCUCGAGGCGCAUACCAAGUUCGGCUCUGCAAAGACGGAAAGUGGACAACCAUUGUGGUUGACGACUUGCUACCAUGUGAUGAAAAGUGCCACCUAGUCUACUCCCAGGCAAAGCGCAAGCAGCUUUGGGUUCCGUUGAUCGAAAAGGCGGUUGCAAAAAUCCACGGCUGUUAUGAGGCGCUGGUGUCUGGUCGAGCAAUUGAGGGACUUGCCACUCUGACUGGCGCCCCUUGUGAAAGCAUCCCUCUUCAGCCGUCGUCGUUGCCAUCCGAGGAGGAGCUGGACAAAGACUUGAUUUGGGCCCAACUUCUCAGCUCGCGCGGGGCUGGCUUUCUCAUGGGAGCUUCAUGCGGAGGCGGAAAUAUGAAAGUUGAUGAAGACGAGUACCACCGCAAAGGUUUGCGACCAAGACAUGCAUAUUCUGUUCUUGAUGUGAGGUAUGUUUCGGGUCUGCGUCUGCUGCGACUUCGCAACCCUUGGGGCCACUAUUCAUGGAAGGGUGACUGGGCCGAUGCUUCAUCCACCUGGACUCCACAGCUGCGAGAAAUGCUCAUGCCCAAAGGCGCCUCAGACGGCGUUUUUUGGAUCUCAUUUGAUGACGUGCUCAAGUACUUUGACUGCAUCGACAUUUGCAAAGUGCACAAAAAUUGGACUGAGACGCGUCUGGAAGGCACCCUGCCGCCUUUGGCUUCCAUGCAGCACCUCUCUUGUGUCCUUCUGACCGUGCUCGAGCCCACCGAAGUUGAGUUUACCCUCUUCCAGGAGGGCCAGCGCAACUCUGAGAAGUCGCAACGCUCCCAACUGGACCUUUGCAUUGUCAUGUUCAGGACCAACAACCAAGCACAACCAGGCAUUGGGCGGCUUGUGGAGCACAGCAAGAGGCAGGUGCGUGGAUUUGUGAGUUGUCACAAAAUGCUGGAGCAGUGUCAAUACAUGGUCACCUGUCUCGCCUUCAACCACUGGCACACAGGAAUUGAAGACCCAGUUCAAUUUCCCGAAUACGUACUGUCCAUUCACAGUUCAAAACACGUUUUAGUCGAGCAAAUUGCUCCCCCGUCGUACGUUUUGGCCGACGCCAUAAUAAGCUUGACCCUGGUCAAGGGUCAGCGUCAUGAGGGGCGCGAGGGCAUGACGGCCUACUACCUCACCAAAGGUUGGGCUGGGCUGGUGGUCAUGGUGGAGAACAGACAUGACAACAAAUGGAUCAACGUCAAGUGUGACUGUCAAGAGAGCUACAACGUCGUCUCCACAAGAGGUCAACUUCGCACAGUCGAUUCAGUGCCACCCCUGCACAGGCAAGUAAUCAUCGUGCUGACCCAACUAGAGGGCAGUGGGGGUUUUGCAAUUGCACACCGUCUCACGCACAGGCUGGCCAACAGUGUUGGGCUCCAUGACUGGGGGCCUCCGAACACCAGCCACUGGCCCCUGAUUGACUCAAAGGUUGAUGGCCUCCACGCUCCCAGGCUCAUCACCUGACUCUGCCCAACUGGACCGACUGACAGACCCUUCUUAGAGCUGGCCUCUCCCUCCCUCAUUUUUUGGUUGACCAUUAUUUUUAAUUCAGAAUCUCAAGUAUCAGAUAUUAAUAUCAUUAUUUUUUGCUCAUUACAAACUACAUUGCGCUCUCUAGAUGAAGUUUGGUGCUUCGACGAAAAUGAAUACUCGCUUGAUUUGGCUCUUUUCUCUUUGAAGCCGUCGAGCAUUUGUGAUUGCACAAAGGAUCAUUAUUGAGUCUGACAAACAUUUUGUUGUGUUAUAUUGUUCAAGCCCCCUUCUGUCUCUGUUCGUCAUGAAUUUGUCUGUAGCUUGAUACAAACCAGAGAACAUAGCUUUGUGGCUUUGCGCUGGUUAGUCAAAGAAAUAGCUGCAAAGCGCGCAUUUUCCAGGUGAUACUCUGUUCUUUUCCACGCGCCACUUGUAGAGACUUAGGCGAUACCACAAGAUGAACAUUUUUGACGAACUUGUGUCUUAUUGCGAAUUGCAGUUCGAAAGGAGCACUUUGGUCGUCGCGAUACCACGUGGUCUACCAAUGUCUAUAGAUUUUGCAAUUGUAGGAGGAACCUAUUGAUAAUUGUACUCGUCGAUUUUGCGCCUAUUGUACCGUCGAUGUAUUUUACACACAAAUAAAAAUGAUCAAAACGUGUUCUCAAAAAACAUUUUCAAUAUUUUCUUUCGACGAAUAAAAUUGGCCUAGAAAUUGCUAAAAA